GUAAAUGUUAUGACAUUUUGAGCACAAAAACACAAUUCAUUCAUACAAUCACUUCAUUUGAUCCCAAGAUAUGGCACAACAGAUGAAACACUUGAAGACAUCACUCGCGACCUCAGAUGAAGAGGAAGGAGACAUUCAACAGCCACAAAUUUACGCAAAGGACUCAAUGGACAGAUUCGGUGAUGACAUGUGUGGACUUCUAUUGUCUUAUCUCACAUUCAAAGACCGGUUCCGCUGCGAAAGUGUGUCGAAACAGUUCCAGAGAACUGUCUUCGGGAGUGUAUUCCACGUCACACUUCACAAAGCGUUCAUUACAUUUGACGUUCAAUUGUUGGCCACAAUCGCCAAAAAGUGU